UUCCUGUCAUUUCCCUUUAAGUUAAGUUAACAAAAUUCUUAUAAAUGAACGUGUUUUAAUUGAAAGAACAAAAUUUUAACUUUUUCUUCAAUUUCACAAAAUUUUAAGUGUUUUUUUUUUUGGUUCUAAAAUAAAUUUCCUAAAUCACCAUGGAUGAUAUGGAUUACAGCUCCCCACCGCCCGAGGUGCGGACCAUUCACACCCACAACCUGAGAGAUGAGCAGGUGAAGGACCUUGAGGAGGCUUUUGCCCUCUUCGACGAUGAUCAUACCAAUGUUAUUCCCAUCAAGUAUCUGAAGGAUCUUUUGCGUGCUGUGGCCCAUAGUCUGCCAGAGAAUGAAGUGCAAGACUAUAUCACCGAAAUCGAUACUGACGGAUCGGGUGAUCUGUAUCUCAGUGACUUUCUCUACAUCAUGUCCAAACGAUAUGAGGAUUCAACUCCCGAGGACGAAGUUAUACUCGCGUUCCGUGUCUUUGACAAGGAAGGAACUGGCUUUAUUCCCGAGACUGAAUUUCGUCAGAUAUUGACCGAAUUGGGAGAAGAUAUGGACGAGGAUGAAAUAGAGGAAAUGAUACGAGAUGCAGAUGCCAAUACAGAGAUGAAGAUUGACUAUGUUCGUUUUGUGACCAUGAUGAUGGAAUCUUGAGAUGAUUUUAAGAGCUUUUAAGAAAAAUGAACUUCAAGGAAUGCUGUACAAGAAUCGAGUGCUUUUAUCAAGCUGAUUGAUUUGAUGCUCCAAACAUUACAUCCCAUCCAGCCCCUAAAUAUUGGAUCAACCUUUUCUUUUAACUUAAGAUAAAUUUAUUUGAAUGAAAUUAAAGGUUCAGCAUGAAAAAAUGUA